GUUGUCAGUCAAUGACAGCAUCGAAUUCUGAAAGUGGAAAAAUAUUUGCUCUAAAUAUUGAUAAAACAAUAAUAAAACCUUAAAUUAUAUAAAUCGUAUCAAAUAUUAUCUACCUUGGUAUCAUGCUAUGAAUAUUUAAAGCAUAAACUGUCAAACAAUCAGAAAAGAUGAGUAGCCAGCAUCAGUAUAUGAAUGUGAACAAUGUUUCAAGCUCUCGUGUUGGUGAUAUAGAGCACAUAAGCCACUUAUCAGAGCACAUAGGCUCUUUGUGCCUCUCAUCCGAGUACUCUGAUGUGACCCUGAUAGUGGAAGGGCAGCGCAUCCCCGCCCACAAGGUGAUACUCGCUGCCAGUAGUGACUAUUUCAGGGCCCUCCUCUAUGGAGGAAUGAGAGAAGCUAAUCAGGCUGAAGUGGAGUUGCAAGCACCACUACAAGCAUUUAAAGCUCUUUUACGCUAUGUUUAUUCUGGGCACAUGGGCUUGUCCCUACUCCGCGAGGAUACAGUAUUGGACAUGCUGGGGUUGGCGCACCAGUUCAACUUCCAGGAGUUGGAGACGGCCAUAUCUGACUACUUGCGUCAGGUGCUGGCGCUCAGGAACGUAUGCUCUGUAUUAGACGCAGCUAGACUAUAUGGACUCGAUGCACUUAUGGACUACUGCUACAAUUUCUUGGAUAGAAAUGCAACAGAAGUCCUCCAGCAUGACUCCUUCCUGCAGCUGUCAGUCGAAGCCCUUCAAGGUUUGUUGGAGCGAGACUCGUUCUUCGCGGCUGAAGUGGACAUCUUCAAGGCGGUCUGCAAUUGGUUCAACUCCAACCAAGCUUGGGUCAAAUCGGACAGUGGCCAAGCGCAAGUCGAGAAGAUAUUGAAAUGCGUACGUCUGACGCUGAUGAGCUUAGAAGAGUUACUGAGCGUUGUACGUCCGUUCUCGUUGGUCACUCCAGACAUGCUUCUUGACGCCAUACAGGAGAAGACGCAGACCAACACCACGGACCUGCCUCACCGGGGCAUGCUGCUGCCCGAGGAGAACGUAGCGACGCCUAAGCGCGGCGCCCGCGUCAUCUCCGGAGACAUGCGAUCCGCUCUAUUGGACGGCGACACGGAGAAUUACGACAUGGAACGCGGAUACACGCGACACACUAUCAACGAGGCGCCCGACAACCCCGGCAUAUUGGUGCGCCUCGCAGCCCCCACCAUCCUCAACCACGUGCGACUGUUGCUGUGGGACAGAGACAACAGGUCGUACGGGUACUACAUCGAGGUAUCAGUCGACCAGAAGGACUGGGUGCGCGUAGUCGACCACAGCAACUACUACUGCCGCUCGUGGCAGAACCUGUACUUCGAGCCCCGCGUGGUGCACUAUAUCAAGCUGGUCGGCACCAGCAACACUGUCAACAAGGUAUUCCACGCGGUGGCAUUGGAAGCGAUGCACACGACAAAGGUGCCGCCCUUAUGCGACGGGUUAGUGAAGCCCGCGCACAACGUCGCUACCGUAGAGCUGUCCGCCGUCGUUAUAGAAGGAAUCAGUCGUUCCCGGAACGCGCUUUUAAACGGAGACACGGAACACUACGACUGGGAACAAGGCUACACCUGCCAUCAGCUCGGCUCCGGCGCCAUAGUGGUGCAGCUGGCCCAGCCUUACCUUCUGUCAUCGAUCCGCAUACUACUGUGGGACUGCGACUACCGACACUAUUCUUACUACGUGGAGACCUCGCUCAACUACUGGGACUGGGAGACUGUAUGCGACCGCACCCGCGACCAUUGCAGGUCAUGGCAAGUGAUUUACUUCAGCCCGCGGCCGGUGUCCAUCAUACGUAUCGUUGGCACCAACAAUUCUGUAAACGAGGUGUUUCAUCUUGUGCACUUGGAGUGCCCGGCGCAAGUAGAGGAACCGCGUGAAGACGCCACCACCAAGAAACAGCGACAGUCCCCGCAAGACAAUCGGCUGAAUCCAUCCAACGGUCCCGGUUCUAGCGCUUCCGAAGCGAGCGGUCGCGCCGCGUCCCCUUGUAGUUCUGACGCCAGCGAACCGAGGCUACCUCCCGCCGAAACUGCCACCGAGGCAGAGGAAAGGUACCCCGACUGAACCCUGGGGGGGUCGCAGUGCCCCGCCAACAAACGGAGACCUACCCUCACACCGACCGCUGGCAAGAAACUCAAACUGGCUUAAAUGUGUUAUAUAAAUAUAAGAUAGUGCAGUUCGGACAGGUGCGUACCGCGGUAUCUUCCGCUGAAGCCGUCACCGAGACCGAGGAAUGAUACGAACUGAACCCUGGGGUCACACUGCCCCCGUGAACAGAUGCAGACCUACCCUCAAACCGAAAGCUGUCAAAAAACUAAAACUGGCUCCAAUGUGUAAUAAAUAUAAGAUAUUGUGUAAUAAAUAUAAGAUAUUGUGUAUUAAAUAUAAGAUAUUGUGUAAUAAAUAUGAGCAGCUCGAUGGCGCAGGAGCUUGUUCUAAAAGUUCAUCAACUUUCUCAAUGGCCGGUAAUUGGAUGGGCGAUCGAGAAGCUCCUCGUGCUUUGGAAGCUAAGUUCAAACGUUGUUCUCAGCUGCAUCUACACUGGGCUCGCGUGGUCAUAGCCCUCUCUCCCUCCCUAUUCUUUACAUAGAGUGGGUCUGUGCCCCAGCAGUGGGGACAUUAGUAGGCUGAUGAAGAUUCUAUAAUUAAGCACUUUUUAUUUAGAGAGGUUCAAUCUAUAGCGUGAAGGCUUGAGCUGGCGCCAGAAAAAACGCGUCAAUGUUUUUGUAAGAUUAAAAAACACUUAUUACACAAUCCUUUAAGAAAUGCCUGUGCUUGUGUAAACUUUUCAAUUAAAGUUGAACAAAACAGUAUGCUUGAGCGAUGUAUCAUUAAAAUAUUUUCAUAAUGUGAAACCCCAAAUUACAAUUACUUCGUUCUUUUAAUUUGAUAUGUAAAUAAUCGUGCAAAUAGGCUCCAGAAGUUGGCGCGGUUGUGACGUGAAAGGUCGUAUCGGAGAUUCUUUGAAUGUUUCAAGUGAUUAUGAACAAAAUGUACACAACGGAUUUUGUAACGUACGUCGUAUAGGUGGGUUAUUAUUUUAUCAAUCCAAUAAUUCAUAGAAGAUUAGUUCUUUGUGUAAGGUAUUACCGUUAUUAUUUUGCUUCAUAAGGAAAAGUGCGCUCACUUACAGUUCAAAUAUUUUGAUAUAUUAAUUAAAUAAAAACAUGGUAGAAAAUAUUACUUUUCUCACUUAUUUACUUACACAAAUGACGCCUAAUCGAAUGAAUUCAACAAAUUAAAGAUAAGAGAAUUAUAAUACAAACAAAAAAUAUACAUCAGUACACUUAAAUUAUUCGAAUAUAAUAAUUAAUUAUUACGAACAGGCUAUAGAUUAAUAAUGAUGAAAUUACAAGGAAAUUAUAGGACAUUUUUAAUUAUUUUCUAUCGCAAACGAAUAACAAGGGGUGAAUAAAUAUUUAUCAUUUUUAUGACGUACUUUAUAAUGUUUUGGAUUUUAUGUGAUAAAAAUUAAACAAAAUGUAAGUUGUAGUUUGUAAGUGUUGCAUGUCUAGAUUUUGAGUAGAUUUCUUUUCUGGCAACAAACCAAGAUACUGUUUAUUAAAAAAAAUGCAAAAACGGAAAAUAAUUGAUUUAUACACAAAAUUAUGAUAGUUAACUGAAACGGAAAUGUUACUAAAACACCUGCCUGUAAACACUCAAUUGAAAUUUUCAACAGAGUAUUUGUCCAUAUUAUCGACAAAUAUACUUGCAACCACUAAUUUUGAAUUACGUAAUUAAGUUAUAAUCGUCAAUCCCGUUAAGUUAUUUAGUGUUUAAGCUUUUAUAUUUCUAGUCUUCUUUCUCAGUUGCAUAUUCAUUUUUACAUUCUUUUCCGUGUUACUAAUUUAUAUUUUUCCAUUCUCGAUGCCCUGUUUUAAUAGCUUAUUGUAAUUUAAUUAAGUGUAAUUGCUAAUUGUAUAUAGAUGGGUACUUUUAUUAAUUCCUUUGAAAAUAACUUCCUACUUUCCAAUAUCUAAUUUGAAGUAAGUAUGAUAAAUGUCCUUUGCGAAUUAUGGACUUGUGUUUAUACGUUAAAAUUUUAUUGAGAUUUUCUAUGAAAAUAUUUUUAGUUGCACUCAUCUGCGAUGAGAAUUCAGCCCCCUUAGUGUCGCCGCACACGGGCCACACGCCAGAGCCACAAACGCCACCACGAGAAGCUAGAAGCGGCUACUAAAGUCGCUGAAGCGCGCGACAGCGGCCGACUAAGGUAAGGGAGAGAGGGGUGGGGAAUCGCGCGAGUGACGUGUGGAAGCAUUUGGUAUCGGCGCAUUAAGUGGCCGGUGCGGGGCACAAGAAGCGAGCAACGACGAUUUGUAGCGUGUGGCGGCCACCGGCGUACCGUGUGUGGCGAGUCCAUAUAAAAUGCAUGAAAACUGUAAGAAAUAUGCUGGUGGCGGCAUUUUGUGAUUUUGGUCGGUCGCCCGUGUGCGGCGACACUUAGAUAAGCGGAAGUGGCCGUCCUUCUAUAUGAGCGAACGCUAUACCUAAGUUAAAAGAGAAACAAUAAAAUUUUAAAUGUCUGCGAAGCUUCUCACUACCGUAAGAUAAAUCAAACGUUUGCUUAACUUGAGCUUACGACACGUAUUUUAAUUGUUUACUGUUUAUUAUUAAACGAAUAGAAAGAAUGCCACUUCUGUGGGUAGAUACAAGUAGGUGUAGGCCGUGUGUGCGCACUGUUCUGCGGCAGAAAAACAGCAAGGUUUUUUAUGAAGAUUUCUUGCGAUUCUUUUAGGAAUGCCCGCGCCAACGUUGCUGUUUUCCGCCGCACGUUUUCAUAGUCCUCACAUUUUUUAUCAACUAGGAACAAAAUGAACAUAUUUUUAUAGUUUGUAAGAGGUUGUGAUGAUAAAGAUACCAAGAAAGCUGGGCUUAACGUGUACGAGUCAACUAAUUGGUUCCAAAUUGAACUGGUUACUUUAAAUAUUUAUUAUUUUGUUUGUAAUCUCAUAGGUAUUUGUUAAUUAAGGCUAAGAAUUAUUGCGAUUGUUUACAAUUCGAAAUUAAGCUACUGUGAUAAUGACUUGUACUAGUUGAUUAGCAAACUUAUAGUAACCUAAUUGAUAAGAAUUCAAAACGUAUCAAUAUUGAGCUUUUAUUUGUGUUAAUAAACUGCAAAUUUU